CUAAUUUUAGCUGUCGAGCAGAAAAGAGAAGCUCGUCUUGUUUAUUCUUCUUCCUCUCGGUCAAUCCCAAAUUUUUGAGAAAGUAUUGCUAAAAUGGCUUCUACCAAUCCAUUUCCCGAGGGCAUUGCUAAGGAACAGGCUUUUAGUAUGGCACAAACGGAGAUGGAAUACCGUGUGGAACUCUUUAACAAGCUUGCACAAACAUGCUUUAAUAAAUGUGUGGAUAAAAGGUACAAGGAAGCUGAGUUAAACAUGGGCGAGAAUAGUUGCAUUGACCGUUGUGUUUCCAAGUACUGGCAGGUAAAUGGAAUGGUUGGACAGCUUCUAAGUGCUGGCAAGCCUCCCAUGUAAGCCAGUUUAAAGGCAAUCAUAGACCAAAAAACCUCAUGGAGAGACAAACAAAACUCUGUUCUUUCUUUUUCUAAAGUUUAAGGCAAUCUUGUUUUUAUUGUCAAGAAAGUUGCAAUCUUAUUUUUGGCGCUGAUUUGGACAAAUUAUUCAAUUCUCUGUGAACCCGUUAUUUCCAGACGGCUGAAACGAAAUAACAAAAUCAAAAAUCUCGAAACA